CCGCGACCGAAUUUCAGUUAAUCGCGAUUUUGCCUUUUUCGCCUUCCGUCGUCUUUUUUUUGACUUCAGUUUCCAACCAUCACAUCAGCCUCAUCACCAACUUCGCACACGGCAACCUCAUAGCUCAUUCAGUAACCACAAGGGACGCCAUCAACACUUCGGUAUCCUCAUUAUCUCCAACUCCACGACCUUGAACUCUGCCGGUACCGCCGCGCAACCGCAUCCAAUCUUCAACUCCAACUUUCAACCUCACCACCACCAACAAAGCCGAAAACCAAAAAUGUCCCGCCGCCUCCUAACCCUCACCCGCCCCCUCUCGGGCCUUUCGGGCCUCUCCAGCCUCUCCAGUCUCCCCAAGGUCACCACCCUUCGGUACUACUCCUCCUCCUUCCUCCAACGCGGCCCCGCCCCUCCCCGCUUGCCGGCCGACCAACAAGCCGAAUUCGAGCGUCUCCAAGCCGCCGCCGAAGCCGCGCUGUACACCCACGUCCAAGUACCAGAAAAUAACAACUCCAAGCACGUCACCCAACCCUCCUCUUCUUCCGCAGCUGGGAGGACCGACACAGUAACAGCAGCAGCAGCAGCGGCGGGCGUCGAAGUCCCCCCCGUGGUGGUAAUUGAAGACGUUGCCGCGCAAACCUUUAGCGGCGGGAUCCGCAAGGGGGCACCGCCCGAGUUUGAGGGCGAUAAGAAUCCCAAGACGGGGGAGAUCGGGGGACCCAAGAAUGAGCCGUUGCGGUGGGGCGCCGGUGGGGAUUGGAGCUAUAAUGGGCGGGUUACGGAUUUUUAAAAUAUAAUUUAAACAAGGAAGGGAACGGGGGGCCGGGAGAGGGCUGGUUUGGUUUUGAGUUUGGGUAACCUGAUGGGAUCGAUGUUUUGGUAUCUGCUACGUCGGCAGUGUACUGUAGACGUGGUUGAUGGAAAAUAAACGAGUAUUGGAUGGAUAGUGUCUGGAAGGAAGGAAGGAAGGAAGGAGGUGGUUGGGGGGCUUGCUGGACAAUAAUAGGAUCGGAGGGAGUGAGUGAGUGGGUGGUGUCAACUUUAGGUCAAUAAACAGAAACAGCAAGUAAGCAAGCGUUUCAUGCUCACAAAAUAGUACCGACCGAGGGAAACAAAAUAAAUAUUUUGGAUGCAUACAA